AUGUUUAACCUUUGGUUUUUAUUUCAUUUGGUUAGGUCUGUUGAUUCGUUAGAUGCAUGUAUUUAUGCGGAGAUCAGGACAAGAAUCCCUGAAACAAUUUCAUGGGACUACAACUUUGAGCCUGCAGGAAGCACUCCUCUGAGUUUUACUGUUAAGUCAGAAGCUUUAAAGGAAGCCAUUGAUGAUCUAGAAUGGCCAGGCUCGAGCAUCCAAGUAAGCCUCCAACCAGCUCCUCCAGUUGUUACAUUUAGAGGUGAAGGCCAUGGAGACUUGCAGCUGGAUUUCAUGUAUUAUGCAAAUACUGAUCUGUUGACUGCAUUCCAUUGUGAUCGCCAGGAAUCGCACAGGUACAAGUACAAGUUCCUUCGUGCAACAACUUCCAACAUACCAAGCAGUGUUAUCAAAGAAAAUCGAGGAAGCAAGUUGACCAUUGGACGCGGUGGAAUGUCGAAAGUUCAGCACCUGGUUUCAGUUGCAAAACCAUCAAACUCACAUUCCCAUGCUGAUUCAGCUGGCUAUCUGCAACCAAGCCGUAUUGCUUAUAUUGAGUUUUUUGUCAAACCAGAGGUUGAGGAUGAUAACGCAGAUGAUUAA